GGACAUAGCUCAUAGUAUUGUCACAUAUCAUAGCGAUGAAGCUUGCUGUGGUUCUACUCGUUUCCUGUGACGUCAUCUUUGGAGCGAUUCGGGAGAGCUCAUUUUUUAAUAAAUUGCUAAGCCUUAGACCAGCUGGAAAAGACAUCCAGGUGUUUGUGCCCCUAACAGACAUACCUCCACCCCCCGGCAGACCCACAGAGCAGCAGUCAGGGCGACGGCACCUGGAGGUCUGCGAGCCGACUACCGAGGGUGAAGUGUAUGUCGGAUCAGAAGCUACUGUGAUCAUGCCGGAUCAUAUAGACCAUAAACACUUCGAAGUGACGUCGCCCGUGCCGUACCUGACCGUAGGCCCGAUAGAUGGUGUAGGGUUCCACGGCAAGACCUUACCACCCAUGGACGCCUGCGAGAAAAUCUAUCAAGACCACCUGGCCACGCUGUACUCAGAUGAGGACUACACGUCUCAAGAGUCACUGGAAAUAGCGCGAGUCAAUGUCGAUGACUUGAGAUCUCUAGAGAGAGCUGAGAACGAGGAUGUGUGAAUG